AUGGCUGAUGGAUCCACAAUUUUGCGAAGAAAUAGACCAGGAACCAAAGCGAAGGAUUUCAGUCAUUGGCCAGAUGAACCUUUUGAGGAUAUGGAUAGCACCCUCGCAGUGCAACAAUACAUUCAGCAACUUAUACGUCGUGACCCGAAUAACAUAGAUCUAAUAUUAAAAAUGCCCGAAUCGCAAGAUGAAGGAGUAUGGAAAUAUGAGCAUUUAAGGCAAUUCUGCAUGGAGCUGAAUGGAUUAGCGGUUAGACUGCAAGGCGAAUGCCAUCCAGAAACUUGUACACAAAUGACAGCCACUGAACAGUGGAUCUUCCUUUGUGCAGCACAUAAAACUCCAAAAGAGUGCCCAGCAAUUGAUUAUACAAGGCAUACUUUAGAUGGAGCAGCUUGCUUAUUAAAUAGCAAUAAGUAUUUUCCAAGUCGAGUUAGUAUUAAGGAAUCAUCUGUAGCAAAGCUAGGAUCAGUGUGUAGAAGAGUGUAUCGAAUUUUUUCCCAUGCAUAUUACCAUCAUAGAUCAAUAUUUGAUGAAUUUGAAACAGAGACUUGUUUAUGUAAACGGUUUACACAAUUUGUAACGAAAUACAAUCUGAUGUCCAAGGAUAAUCUCAUUGUACCAAUAUUGGAAGAAGAAAAUACACCAGGAGAAUCUGAGGCGUAA